GAAACGCCUGUUUCUAUCCAUUAAUCUUAAAAAUCCCUCUCUUAUCCCAAGUACUAGUACUUCUUGGUUUGACCUGUUUACUUGCAUUACCACAUUUUCACAUUGUUUAAAACAGAAUAAAGAUGCGUUUCUUUUUGCUUAGCCUUUUCUUGAUCUCUUUAUUGGGUGUUUCUUUUGCAUUCCCUUACGGCAAUGCAGCAUUGAGAAACGCUACUUCCAAUGUCCUUAAUCAAGGAUACAAUACUACUUCUAUGGUUCAAACAAACAGCACUCAAGUUCAAGGAAAAUUCGCUAAUGCUACGAGUAACAUUGGCGCCUCUAACGCCACUUAUUGAAGGGCAGGUUGCUAGAGAAGGUUUCAAGGAGGCUCUCUAGAAUAAGGAUACAAAUAUUACCUUGUCUAUAAUCAUCCAUUAUUUCUGUUCGGACUGCUUCAGAAAAUUUAUUUCUUUAUCUGGGUUCUGUGCUCUCGUGGAUGUCUUUUUCGUCUUUAUGAUUAUAAGUAAUGGUUUUCGGUCAAGCCUAAUGGCUAUGCUUGACUGUUAUUUCGAUUAUUCUUUUACUUUACAUGUGAGAUUUUGAGUUAUUUCUUUAAGCAUUGCAUUACAUUUUUGCAUUUAAGUAUAUAUAAUAUUACCAAAUAAGAAUACCGAAUUGAC